AUUCAGGCACGCACAAGCCAGCAAAUGCUCACAGCCGUAUAUUUUGGGGUCCUUCUGCGUCAGACUGCUGCUUUCUCUGAACAGCAUCGUUCGGCAAUGGCGGACUACGAUCAAUACGAUGACCGGGAUCGGGCUUACGGGAGCUUUGGCGGUGGAAGGGGACCCCGAGGUGGUGGCGGCCCAAGCGGCCCCCGAAAGCAGAAGGAACUCCCCACAGAGCCGCCCUACACAGCUUAUGUUGGCAACCUGCCCUUCAACACAGUGCAAGGAGACAUAGACGCCAUUUUCAAAGACCUCAGCGUCAGGAGUGUGCGAUUAGUUAGAGACAAAGAGACAGACAAGUUCAAAGGUUUCUGUUAUGUAGAGUUCGAUGACUUGGAAUCUCUAAAAGAGGCUUUGACGUAUGAUGGUGCUCUACUAGGGGACCGAUCAUUGAGAGUGGAUAUCGCAGAGGGCCGAAAACAAGAACGUGGCGCCGGAGGCUUUGGCUUCCGGAAAGACGACAGAGGCCGUGGUGGCUCACGUGGGCCCAGAGGAGGGGGACGUGACCCCAGAGACGACUACGACAACUCUGGAGGUGGAGGAGGAUAUAGAGAAGAUGACUUCAUGGGUGGGAGGAGUCGAGGAGGUGGUCGCCCUGGCGACAGAAGGGGGGGUGGAGGUGGAGGCAUGGGGCGCUUCAGAGAUGGACCUCCUCGUGGAGGCCAGACAGACUUCAGAGAACCUUCAGAUGAGGAAAGAGCACAGAGGCCAAAGCUACAGUUGAAGCCCCGUACGGUGGCAGCUCCCCUUAACCAAGUGGCCAACCCCAACUCAGCCAUCUUUGGGGGUGCCAAACCUAGGGAGGAGAAUUAAUAUGUAUCAGUGUGGCUGCAUUAUUCCGGAAGGCUAUACUGGAUUCUACCGGCUUUGAUCUCCAAAAAAAAAAAAAAAAUCUUUCAAAGACUUCUCCCAGACACAAGCAGGCAGGGGCACGAGGUGCUGGUCUCCUCCCGAAUCCUAAACGAACCCUCAUCCGAUUGGCUUAGAAAGCAUGUGGAGGUGGGGCCUCUAGAAAAGGGUGUGGGGCGUAGUCUUUACUCUGCCCUUGUCUGUCCUCGCAAACUCCUCCCACACACCUGAAAGAGCCAAAACAUGGAGGACAGCAUCUCCAGGUUGAUUUCAUUGUGUUUAAGGACUUUAUGAUGUAUAUUCUCCCUUUCCAAAGUAUCUUUGUGUUUAAACCAGCCAUUUGGAAUUUGUAGACACGUAGGAGUAAAACCUGCUGUGUCCUUUUAUAUUUUGCUCUUUAAAUUUCUUUACUGUGUUUGAAAAUUAAAAACUUGUGCUUGAUUCUUAAUUAAACAACUUCAAAGCGAAGAGAGCAUUUUAAUUUUUUAAUUCUUUAUGAAAGAUUUUAGACUAAGUCAGGCCAAUCCAGGUGAGAAAUCCUUUCAGGAACAAUGUGCCACACCAUUCAUUUUGAAGAGCAACACGUAUGCAUGAUUGAUUUGGUUGGUGACACUUGGGUCUACAGUCUACAGCAAAAUUCACAACUUGAUGGCAAUGUAAUUCUUACAAAGUCAUUUUAAACUACAAUCCAUUUUUUAACACCAUCAGUUGUACUGCCUUUCCAUGUGAAGCUUAUUAAACAAAAAUGAACUGCUUGCACGUUACCAAUUGAGGUGACAACAGGCGCUGUAGAUUCAUCAUCUAGUGGAUCAGUUGUAGAAUCCUCAUGGGAAAUCCACGUUGCAAUUUUUUUUUUACUGCAUAAAAAUGAGGAAGUUCAACACUGCUUUUCUUACUGUACUAUAGAGGUCGGCUGUUUUUAUUCUUUUUCUUUUCAUUUUCCUACACUGUUUAUGGCAAUAAAUUGUAUCAUCUUA